GGCACGUAUGGUAUUAUCCGUAUUCCUUACUGUCUAUCCCCGCACACAGCCUCGUAGCCAUAGAGCUCCAAUAAGAUUGCAAAGGGGCGGCCACAUGUUACAUUAUCUCGACUUCUUGACCAUAGCUGAGCGGGGGCUCACCAAUUCUUCCCAUACCUAUUACGAGAAGCACCAAUCCCCCUUGUCCCGUUGAAACCAGCUUAAUCUGUCAAUGUCAGGUCUGGAAAUAGCCGGUCUUGUCCUAGGGGCCCUCCCUCUAGCGAUAAAAGCGGUGCAAAGUUAUAAGUCUAUCUUGUCGUCGAUGUGGCAUGUUCAGUACGGCCUCAUCUGUCUUCAGAGGGAUCUCGAAACAGAAUGCAUACGGUUUCAGAAUACUUGCGAGACUCUCCUGGUCGGAAUAGCGCCAUUAGCUAUGAUAGAUAGAAUGACCAAUAAUCCAUUUGGUGAUGAAUGGAAGCGGUACUCCGACGAGUUAAGUAUACGGCUCUGGACGUCAAAAGGGACAUUCGAAACCCACGUUGCAGAGAUGUUAGCGGCAACAAAAGAGUUAAAAGAAAAGCUUUGUAUUCCAUCCAAUGACGCCACAAAUCCAACAGACUCACAUUCGAUUCUCCAGGAACUCAAGAAAGGGACAUCCUUCACGUUGAAUAGAAAGGAUUAUGAAAACAUAUUAUCCCGUAUAAAAACCGGGAACUCGGCUCUCGAAGGUCUUAUUGCACCAAAUAAUGACUUGGAGUCAAACAGGCGUCAUCGCUCCCAAGCACGGGUCACAAGGCUUCUUCGCGGGUUGUCAUUGAGCAUAUACAACGCUAUACUCAGCGCGUUGACGUGCACAUGUGCUAAUGAGCAUAGUGUCAGUCUUGAACUUGAACAUAGGCGUGUUGUCCUCGUUCCCGGUGAUAUCGAAGAGCAAGUUGCUAAGAAGUUCAAUUUUAAUAUUGUACUGAAAUCCGCCAAUGGUGUUGGCGCCGAUGGUAGAAAUUGCGUGGCCCACGUAAUUCAGGAUACGAGAGAAAGCUGGAGCAGUCUCGCCGUUCGGCUAGUAGACAAUGAGAGCGACGAACGCCCUUCGUCUCCUACCAAAAUAUCUAAUCCUAGUCAAAAUACUAGAAGACGUAUCCGAUUGAUUCCUUGGAUGAGACCAAAGAGUUCAAAAUCAAACAUAGCGAUAUCCUCAGCAACAAAAACUCGAAUAAAGAAUAUACAGAAAUUGCCUAUCUUGCCAACAACUCCAAGUUCACCUAAACGAGUUAUCAACCUCUGCAAAGCUAUCCAAAUAAGUAACAAGCAGGCUGUAAGCUGCUUCGGAUACGUUCUGCAUUCAGAGCGCAAGUUCGAGCUAUACCCUUCAUCUUCCCCAAGUUUCCAGAGAAAAGUGACGCUCCGGCAGAUUGUCGAUAUAAGCAAGAAAGGCUUACCGCCAUUUGAAUAUCCUGAUAAGAUCAAGGCGGCCCUGGCCCUUUCUAUCAGUAUUCUACACCUCUAUGAUACACCGUGGCUAGAAAACAUGGUUACCUUAGAUGACAUUGUUUUCUUCUACGACGAUUGUAUUGAAUAUUCUCAUCAUGAUUCUCCCUAUCGUCCCCAUAUCAUGAAAAGCUACGGUUCGGGGAACUUCCCCUUGACAACUCAAAAGGUUAAGUCGCCCAACUCGCGGAAGCCGAUGAAUCUAAUUAUAUUCUCACUUGGGGUUUUGCUUACACAGCUUAUUAUCGGGAAGGCGAUUAAAGGGCUCGAUGUUGAAGACAAUAUGGAUGUGAAGUCGGUUAGUCCAAAGCGAAAGAUAGGAAGUCGACUAACUAACGGAAUCCUGGAAAAUGGCGGCACGAGGUAUCUGGCAGUGGUUAACUGGUGUUUUGAAAACGUUCACAAUGAAGCUGAUUUGCGGAAUGACAACUUUUGUCAAGAAUUCUUUGAGGCUGUGGUUACGCAGCUAGAGGACUGUGUGGAUUUAUUGGAGCGAGGUAAUUAAAACUAAACAUUAGGUAUUUUAACAUAGAAGAAUAUAGAGUCGUCUCGGGACAGGACAGUUGGUAAACCUCAUUGCACUAUCUGUUUUAGGUGUAUUACUUACUGUCGAUACUGGGACGAAUAGCUUCGAGGGUAAAACAUGCCCGGCAGACUUUGCGAUAGAGUAAGAAUAGGUACACAUUAGGUUAGGUACCUAAGGUAACUAACCUAUGAAACUCAUUUGAGG